AUUAUAUUCUAGACAUGAAUUGUGGGAAGUUUAUGGUGAAACAUUUAAAGAGGGGUUUAAACAUUAAUGCUAAAUUUUUGCCUCAUCAUGCAAAAUACUCUACAUUUCACCAACCUUUAACAAUUUUAUCUGAAGAUGAAUUGGUAAUGAAACAAACUGUGGCAAAAUUGGCUCAGGAACAAAUAGCCCCAUUUGUAAGGGAAAUGGAAACUAAUCAUAAAUUUAAAGAUUCAGUUGUUAAAAUGCUAUUUGAGAAUGGGCUUUUGGGCAUAGAAAUUGAUACUGAAUAUGGGGGUUCAGGUUGUAAUUUUAUGACCACCAUUGUUUCGAUUGAGGAAAUUGCCAAAGUGGAUCCAGCAGUGGCUGUAUGGGUUGAUAUUCAAAAUACUUUAAUAAAUGCUGUGAUAAUGAAAUUAGGUACUAAAGAACAAAAGGAACACUAUUUACCUAGAUUAGCCACUGAUAUGGCAGCCAGUUUUGCUUUAAGUGAAACUGGUUCAGGAUCAGAUGCAUUUGCUUUAAAAACCACAGCGAAAAAAGAUGAUACUGAUUACAUUUUAAAUGGAAGCAAAAUGUGGAUUUCCAAUUCAGAUUUAGCUGGACUAUUUCUUGUUAUGGCUAAUGCCAACCCUUCUGCUGGCUACAAGGGUAUAACAUGUUUCCUAGUGGACAGUAACAGCCCAGGCUUAACAAUAGGAAAACCUGAGAAAAAAUUGGGUAUUUGCGCCUCAGGCACAUGCAUGGUUAAUUUCGAUAACGUCCGGGUGCCUGAAUCGGCAAUUUUAGGCGAAUUGGGACAAGGCUACAAAAUAGCCGCUGGAUUUUUAAACGAGGGCAGAAUAGGCAUAGGAGCUCAGAUGGUUGGGCUUGCACAGGGCUGUUUCGACGCUACCAUACCUUACACAUUAGACAGACAACAGUUUGGAAAACCAAUCUAUAGUUUUCAGGCAAUGCAACACCAAAUCUCACAAAUAGCUACCCAAAUAGAAUGCGCACGACUAUUAGUUUACAACGCAGCCAGGUUAGUUGAAGCUGGCGCUCCAUUCGUGAAACAAGCUGCAAUGGCUAAAUAUUAUGCAGCUGAAGUAGCACAAGAGACUACCAUUAAAUGUAUUGAUUGGAUGGGGGGAGUAGGAUUUACUAAGGAUUUUAUACAAGAAAAAUUCUAUAGAGACUGUAAGAUUGGUAGCAUAUAUGAGGGAACUUACAACAUGCAGCUAAACACAAUUUCCAAAUAUAUACAACAAGAGUAUAAACAUUAACAUAUUGUAAAAAAUCUUGUAAAAAGG